AUGCUCAAACUGAAGGGUUACCAGCAAUGGGUGCUUGAAGAGGAAAAGGCAAGUUCUUUUUUGUCCUAUCACAAUAGCAAAGCAUUGCUGUCGACUGUCAUAGCAGUUUUAACAUCAGAGGAGCAAUCAUUGGGACUUCGUCAGCCAACAGGGGUUGGAGCACGUCCCCGCCCAAUGGCAACAGAACUAUGCAACCAGAACGACCCUGGAACUACUGAUGUCACUUUGCCUAAUACGACCAUUCCUAUUUCACUGCCAUCAUCUACUAACGGGAAGAUAAUGCACUUCGAUUCUGAGUUCAAUGACUCUUAUUUGGGACCAGAUUUAUAUAUCCCGUGUAAUUUCAAGCAACAAUCAACUCAUCCUUCAAUGAAUGUCAUCGAGAGCAAUUUAACAGGCCCGUUUAUCGAUGGAUGUGGUGACACGGUUGACUCGAGCAAUAAUCAAGCACGCUUAGAAACUAUUUACGAAAGUUUGCAGCCCAAAUUAUGGAAUGAUAAUCUGGCUAAUAAUUUUGCACAGCUGAAACUUGGGGACUCCUUUCUAAAACAGGAAUAUCAAACGUCUUUGAACACAUCCCAGAUGGCGAAUGCGGCAAAUGAAGAUGCAGAAAGAUUAAAAUUCCUGACUUGUAAUAUCGACGACAACAACCGCAACAACUUUCGUUCCACAAACUCCACUUUUUCGUUUGAAUCAUUGCAAUCUCUUUAA